AUGUCCUUAGCCAUGACAACUCUUCUUUUGAUGUUCGUACUGGAUUUAGCCGCAAUCUUUUUCAACGGACUACUGCUACUGAGCUGCUUCAGACAUGAAAAAAAAUACAGAUUUUUCAAAAAGUGCUGGAUACUUUUAGGUCUUCAGGUCGCUUGCCAAGUUGUAAUUCUGGUCGCGGAUGCCGUGGAAUGGUGGAAUGGUUUCCGUAUUCAAGCUACGGAAUCCUGUAAUGUCUUGAGAGUUCUUUCCUUGUCCAUGAUGUUUUUUCAAAUUACUAACCUUACGGCAAUCAUGAAAGUGUGUUAUCAACAUCCCUCAGUACAUGCAGAACAUAAAUUGUACGCGGUGCUUUUUUUGGGAUUCAUCGCUUCCGCAAUGAUCUUUUGGCCUUGGUGCUUCUCGAAAACGGCCAUUUUUCAAGUCGUCCAUAAAGCUGCGUUGCUUUUGACCAUGUCUAUUGACGUCUAUUUGGUUUCCGUAGCCUUGGCUAAAGACAAUGCUGAAUACAAUGAGGAGUUCAUGUCAUCAAAAUCAGACGCCGCGAUGGAUUCACGUUUCUUGUCACGGUCUUGGAGAGCUUGGACAGACAACAAGAAGUCCUUAUUCGUUAUCGUUUUUCUUGCAGCAUGUUCGGUGCUGAUUUUCAGCGACGUGGCCCUUGCUCGUUUCGAAUCAGCUCUAUGGGGUCGCGAUUUGAAAAGAGACACGUCUAUUGAUGGAACUGUUUAUUUACUGAUCCUGAAAUUUUGUUUGGGAACAUGUUUGCCAUUAACACUGUAUGAUUUAAUAAAUUUAAGCUAUCCCAGAAAGAAAGGCAAAGGCACCAUAACAGUAACAAUUUGA